GUUUUGUUAAUGUGUCCUUGUUUGUAUGACAGUAAUUACACUGUUUUCAGUUUAUGCGUGGACAUGGAUAUUUUCAUCAUACGUGGACUAAUAACUUUUAUUAAACGUUAAACAAAACAUUUUCGUUUUGUGUGUAAACGACUCUCUGUAAGGAAGCAGUAAAACAACAACUUCCGGUGGCAGCUGUUGCUGUAAAGAUGGCGGACACGUGUGGUCAAGUCAUUUUGGGAUCCGGGCUUACUGUCCUUUCCCAUCCUUUGAUGUACAUUAAAGUCUUGGUUCAGGUGGGACACGAGCCACUCCCUCCUACCCUGGGGCGGAAUUUAUUUGGCAGACAAGUCUACCAGUUACCUGGACUGUUUGCUUAUGCCAAACACAUCAUCAAGAUUGAUGGAAAAGUUGGUCUCUUCAAGGGGCUCGGGCCAAGGCUUUGUGCUGGGACCCUCGGCACUGUUGUGCACAGUAAAAUAGUGCAGAAAUGUCAUGAACAUGGGACACUUGAGUUUCAGAAGAUUACUUUUACUGAACCUGUACUGUCUACUAUUGGGCAUAGUGAGGUGAUGGCAUUUGUGGGACACCAGCAGAAGAUUGGUGAUGGCUCCAUACAAAAUGUUGUUAAUGAGACAACCAAAGAGAUGAUAGCUCGUUCCUGUGCCACCAUAGUUACACAUCCGUUUCAUGUGAUCACACUGCGAUGUAUGGUGCAGUUUAUUGGAAGAGAGAUCAAAUACAGCGGAGUCUUCGAUUCCAUCACCACCAUCUACAGAGAAGAGGGAAUUCUGGGCUUCUUCACUGGAUUGAUUCCUCGACUACUUGGAGACGUCUUAGCUCUGUGGAUUUGUAACAUGCUGGCUCACUUCAUCAACACAUACGCAAUUGAUGAUUCGAUGAGUCACACAGGAGAACUCAAGAACUGCUUCCAGGCUGUCACAGGGUUCUUUGCAAGCAUGCUGACAUACCCUUUUGUAUUGGUAUCAAACCUCAUGGCUGUCAAUAAUUGCGGGCUGGCUGGAGGGCGUCCUCCGUAUGCAUCAGUAUAUCCUACCUGGGUGCACUGCUGGAGUCACCUGAGCCGAGAGGGCAACAUGAGCAGAGGAAACAGUUUAUUCUUCCGGAAACUUCCAGCAGGAAAGACGUAUGCAAUUAACCAGAAAAGAUUUUAUUAAGAACAGUAACAAUACAAAAACAAAUAUGUCUGAUGUGGGGGAAAUUACUGUUAGUGUGUCAGUCAUCAUGUGUGCGCUGAUCCAUGUUUUAAACAUUAUCAUGAUCUUGUUCAUUGAAAAAGAACCAAGUUUUAGUGUUUGUGUCAAAGAAAACGGCAGUUGUUAGGCAGUGACGCGACAUGGAUGGACCAAGUCAUUUCAACAAUGCUAAUGUUCUGACUACUAAAUGUCAUCUCCCCCAUGAUCUUCUUUCAAACACUUCAGUUAACAUGUGAUGAUGUCUGACAUGAUAAUUGCUUAUUAUUCAUAUUAUUAUUGUUGUUAUUGUGGAAUGAGCUUGGUCAAAGAACAGACCAUUCUUUCUAUGACACUCGUCUAAUACUUACAUCUCUUUCCAAUAGAAAUAAAGGUGUUUUUUUUGUCCUUA